UUCUUUUACAAGGUUACAUAAUUAAUUUUUUUGUUGCAGUGCUAACAUGCGGGAGAAACGAUGGCUGCUGCUGCUCGCUCUGUACGGAAUGCUAUUGGCCCACGCAGUCUCCGCAGCGCUCAAGACCAGGCCGAAAUUUAAGAUCGCGACAACCUCCACAACAACAACGACUACAACCACCACCACAACCGAGGAGCCUCACGUGGAAGAAAAUGACCAAGCGAAUUCGGAGACGACAACAGUCGCGAGCGAGACCAACGGGACGACCGGGCACACCUUGACGGGAAUUCCGCAGAUCGAUUAUAUAUGGGAUCCGAAUCUACCGCGCGAGUUAAACGGCUACAAUCUCAGUGAUUAUCCGUUUUACAAUAGUAUACCCGAGGAUAUCGAUUUCAAAUGCGACGGCUUGCACGACGGAUUCUACGCCAGCGUGCCGCACAAAUGCCAGGUCUAUCAUCACUGUCUCUUCGGCACUCGCUACGACUUCCUGUGCGCCAAUUUCACGGCGUUCGACCAGAAGACCUUCAUCUGUCACUUCGUGUCCGAGGUCGAUUGUGCCAAUUCCAAAAAGUACUGGCACAGGAACGACGCUCUUUAUCAAGCCACGACGACCACGACCACGACCACGACCACCGUGGCGCCGGUCGCAGCGCCGACCAGUCGGGCGGCUGUACGCGAUCGGAUUCCGCCCAGAAGGAGGCCGCCGGCGAGAAGAAGGCCCUACGACUACUACGAGGAGGAUUAUUACGACGACGAGUACGAUCGUCCGCGAGAUUUCAUCGGCCGGGACGACUACGAGUACGAUGACCGGAAGUACAGGCGAGACCGAGAUCGCGAGUUUAGAGAUCGGGACCGCGAUCGUGACUUCCGGGAUAGAGAUCCGCCGGCGCGCGGUAGGGAUAGAGACGAUAGGGAUCGGGACAGAUAUCCCUCCCGGGGAAACAGGAGAGACCCGCCUAGGUCGAGAGAUCCGCUGGAGGAGGACUCGAGGUCUCGGAGCAGGAGCCCGGAUCAAGGUAUCAGAUCUACAUCGAGGGAGGUGGACGAUUCAGAUGUGUACGAUAGGCGCGCCGAGUCGAGGAACAGGGAUACCGAUAAGCGAAGAUAUCUCGAUAAGAGCUCUCUCUCUCCUAUUGAAAGAAACGAAAUUGUAAUUAAAGAGGAGCCACGACGGCGCCCGGCAGAUUUCGCGGAGGAUGACUACUACGACGACGAGAUAGAGGACGUCAGACCGAGAAGACCGCUCAGAAGAAGACCCUCGUAUAGGGACAGAGAUAGAGAUAGAGACUUCUAUGAGACUCGGGACCGGGACCGUCCCCUUAGAACUCGCUAUCAUUCAACGGCAGAAGAGGUACGACUCAGGACACAUCAGGACCGCUCGAGGGAUCGUUACUACGAUCGAGACAGGGACCGAAGUAGAGAUCGAGGUCUCGAUCGUGGAAAAGAUCGCGGGUCCGAGAGAUUUUCGGAUCGCGAUUCGCGAGGAAGAUCGCAAGAUUCCGAUAGACAAGAGCAACCAUAUUCGCCUCGGCUUCUUGAUCGCGAAAGAGACACCGAACGACCACGAUCUUCCUCGAGAUCGAAGGAUCUAUCGGACGCUACCGAAGUGUCCAAAAGACCCAAUACGUACGAUCGAACAACUGAGAAAACCACCAGCACAACUACCACAACCACCACAACUACCACGACUUGCUUACCAGAGCAGCUUAUUCAUAAAUCUGAAGAGCCUAAAGACACGAUAGCCGAUCGAGAGGAGGACCCAUCUUAUCUGGAACGAUCGGCCAGACCUACUCAGACGCAAAGUGAUCGCGUAGCGGGAGAUACUCAGGAUUAUCAGAGAAAUUUGUCCGAGAAAUCUCAGAGACCGUCUCAGCAAGUGGAUUACCAAGACAGAGAGGUGGAAGGUAGGAACGAACAGAGUCAUCAUCAAGUCGCGUAUCCGGACGAGUAUUCCUCCGAGUAUUACGACGAGCCGCUGGAAGAGCCACCGUCUCCCCCGCCACCCCGAACCACCGUUCGAAUCGUGAAGAGGCCUUUCCUACCGUCUCGAGGCGGCAAUCCCAAUCCGAGGGGAUUAUCACCGGUCGGCUCGAAAGCGCCGCAAUCGACCAGAAGAGACGAAGAGACGACGACCGACCACCGAAGUAGCUUGGGCGAAAAUGAACAUAGGGGUUACUACGUACAAGAGGAGCAAGAGGACAAUAGGAACAUUAAUCAUCAGGAAUCGUUCCUAAGAUCGGGCAAUAAGCAAACGUACGACGCUUACAAAACCGUCCAGAGCGAUCUUCAGAAGAAACAACGCCAGGACGAGUACGACAGCGCGACGUCCAGAACGGUGCUACGAAGACCGACGGAGAAGAGCAACGAGGAGGAAGUCUCGAGGGGCUCGGAAGAUUUAUCGAACUCCUCCAGAGGAUACUCCUCUCAGAACCAAUCGUACGAUCUGCGUAAUCGUCAGGAAGCCCUGCAACCAAAGUGGAUAGAGAAUUACUCGAGCGACAAGUACGCGGAUGUCAGCAAUGUGCAAACGUCCUCGGGUUCACCGAUCCGCAGCAAGGUGAGACUUCUCUCCGAGUCCACGCCGAACAUUUACAGCUCGACGUACAAGAGCGAGGACAUUCAGGAUCUGCCGUCGGGGCCUGGCAGCUACAGAGCGAAGCAAAGGAUCAACGAAGUGACGCAUCGCCUUCAGGAUAUUCCCGAGAGCGAAUACGACGUUACCUUAAAUGACGCUCUGACACCGACUUUAAUUCAAGAAGCCAAUUUACCGAGCGGAUUCGUCCUGCCUCUUCACAGACAGCUGGGCAGAGACACUGUGCUACAGCCUUCCGAGAACAAUUACAAGCUUUCCAGGCCGGUUAAUCAGCAGCAGCAGCAGCAGCAGCAGCAGCAGCAGCAGCAGCAACAGCAAUCGCAACAGCAUCAGCAUCAACAUCAGAAAUCGUUCGUUCCGAGUCCUCAGUUCUUGCCGACGAGCAUCAGCAACAACGAUCGGGGCCGAACGGUGUAUUACAGAACGCCGGAGGCUAUACAGGUCAGCGGGGCGCAAUACAGACAGCAGAGACCAUGGCAAGAUUACACGGCGUACUAACGGAAGAGAUAUUGCAUCGUGAUAUACCGAGAUAUUACGAGUGCGACGAGGAAGCGUUUGAGAUUUCACGAGGCGUAGAGCUUGCCUCAGCGAGCGCUAAACGACUAAUUUAUACUGCCACCGAUCGACUUGGGAAAGGCACUUUCAUGGAAGACAGACGCCGCGUUUCUUUUAUGAAACUGGCUUUCCGCGAACGGAAAGCAUCGCGUUUCGACCUUUAGCCCUGUCGCCAAUCAGACGAUCAGUGUCUUUCAUUCCAAAGAACGCGCGACGUCGCUCCGCCCGCC